UUUUUGACUAGUUAUUAGUUAUUACACAAAAAGGAUGCCCUAUAAAUUAGUUGCAACCUCCAUUUUCACUCCCUUCUGCCCCUCUCCCUCUCUCUUUCCUCAGCUUUCACUGCAGGCGUUCUUACUGUCGAAUAUUUGUGCAAAAUCUGCAAGAUGAAUCAAUUGAAUCUUCAGAAGAACGCCGUUGCCUCCUGUGAUGAGAGUAGAGGCUUGGUUUCAAUUUUUGAUUCCAAGGGUCCUGUAGUUUGCCCCAGACCUCGGCGUGUAGGAAUUUUGGCCAACAAUCCUAUCAGGCCUUUGCGAUGGCACUUGAGUCAUCAAGCCGAGAUGUAUGAUUCGAAAGCUGGGGCUGAGCUUCUGGACCUCAUUCUCAUGAAGGAGUGUCAUGGGGUAGAACAAUCUGCAACUCAGGUAUCCUCAUCGCCUCCAUUUUUUGCUGGCUCUCCUCCUACCAGGACCACUAACCCAUUAAUUCAAGAUGCCCAAUUUGGAGAUGACAAACUCACUUCAUUUUCACCAUUGUCAAUUCCAUCACCUUCGGGUUUGUCAUCUCCAACUCCAUCUUCACGCAAAGGAGGGUGCGUGAGGAUGACGUACGGGCUUAAACCAGCUGCAGUUAGAGUAGAAGGAUUUGAUUGCCUGAAUAGGGAUCGCCAAAAUUCCAGCAUCCCCGCUAUGGCUUAGAACUUAUAUAAUCAAGUGUACAUAGAAGAAAGGUAAACGCCACCACAAUCACAAACACAGCAGACUUAACAAGAAGAGGAAGUUUUGAAUCUUUUUCAAGGGAGUGAAGCAAGUGAGAUAUGGGUAGUGUAUAUACAUUAUAUGUUUUUUCGCAGGCGAUAAUUGGUAAUAACUCUGUAAGUAUUAUGAUUGAAGAAAACAAAGAAUUGGAAGGGAAAACCCUGGGUUCUUAAGAGAGGUCUUGAAUAUGUUUGAGAGCUUAGCUCUUUUGUAAUGUAAGAUAUGAAAUAGAGAGUAUUUGGGAGGGUCUUUUGAUUUCAUUUGGAUGAUCACCAUAGGAAAAAAGUUCUGUAUAGUGCCUAUUGGUGAUUGAAUUUUGUUCAUCUUCUUUGUAAAUGUAAUUUAGCAAUUGUUAAUGUCUGGUCUUUUGGUUA